AACUUAGAAUCAACAGUGCCAGACAGUCGUCUUGAGUUCAGUGCAAAGAGCACCAUCCUCUCUUUUCUCGAGACCGACUUUCUCUUCGUUAAAGAAGAAUUUUCUGUUUUUCUUCUACACACAGCCACAGACACAAAUACACAUACACACAAUCCUUUUUGUCUUUUAAAAGAGUGAAGAAGAUACAAGUGGUCAUCGUGAAGAAACAUUUCUAAGAACAUAAAGUUACCUGAAACUGAAGAUUAUUUAAAUUAAUAAAUGAAAGAAGAUUAAAAAGAAGAAGAAGAAGAAGAAGCAUUUUCAAAAUAUAUCAAAGAGAAAACCCACUUUUUUACAAACCUAUCAAGAUUACAAAUAAUACAAUAUAGAAGGAAACAAGAGACACUUGUUAACAAAUAGAAGAUUCAAUUUGAUAUUUAAGUAUAAUCCUUUGGGAUUAAAGUUGUUGUUUUUUUUUUUUUUUUUUUUUAAAUAAGAAGAAGAAUGGCUUACAGCUGGGACAAUCGCGUUAGUUUUAUUGUGAAAUUUCUGUAUGAUAUCGAUAAUAAUGGAAUACUUGAGAAACAUGAUUUUGAGUGUAUUGCAUUGAAAAUGACAUUGAUCGAAGGAAAAGGUGAAUUUAAUUACAACAGAUAUCAAGAAAAUCUUCACGUGAUGCUCUCACUAUGGGAAGAAAUCGCUGAAUUGGCUGAUUUUAACAAGGAUGAUAUAGUAACAAUUGAAGAAUUUAAGGAAGCUGUACAAAGGAGUUGUGUUGGUAGAGAUUACAGAGAUUUUCCACAAGCUAUGAAAAUGUUUAUAGACAGUCAUUUCAAGAUAGUUGAUUUAAAUGACGAUGGUGUCAUUGCUGCAGAUGAAUUUCGUUACAAUUGCGUUACAAGAAUAGCCGUGGACAAUGUUAAUAUUCUUGAUGAAGCUUAUCAAAAUCUUCUCAAUGAUGACGAUAGAAGACGAGGUGGUUUAACAUUGUCAAGAUAUCAAGAAUUAUACGCACAAUUUUUGGGUAAUCCUGAUGAAAAUUGUCCUGCUGUUCAUCUAUUUGGUCCUUUACAUGAAUUAUGUUAACAAAAUGUUCUUCAUUAUGUUUAAAAUGAUCCCUAUUUUUUAUUUUCUUUUCUCUUCAUUUACAAAAGACAAACACACUGGUGUACAAGGUAUUUCAUAAUUUUUAAUUGUAAUUUAUAAUUUGUAAUU